AUGUGCGCGAACAUUCGCAGAUGCGCCACUGGUCUCCUUCGACAAAGGAAACAUCAUCAAACCCUACCGACCGAAGAGCAAAAGGCGUUGCGAUCGCUAAAGACAGAUGACAAUAUAAUUAUUAUGUCUGCUGACAAAGGAGGAGCAACCGUUAUCAUGGAUAAAGUUGAUUACGUCAACAAGGCAAACCAAAUCUUCGAUGACAGGGAAGCCUAUGCGCCACUCGCUGCAGACCCAACGAAAAAGCAAGCCGCGACUAUCAAGAAGAAAGUGAAUGAGCUUCCCCGAUUGACGCUCAUAAGCCCCGAUGACAGCAGAUCUAUGACCCUCAAUGACCCCCGUAUCGCACGUACGUACGGCCUUCCGAAGGUGCACAAGACAGAUGCGCCGCUGAGGAUCAUUGUGCCACUUAUUGGAUCCCCUACUUACAAUUUUGCCAAGUGGUUAUACAGACACUUAAAACAUCUCGCAAAUGGAUCGCAAUACAGCAUCAAAAAUUCUCAGGCUUUCCUACAAAAGAUCCAAGGCCUUGAAGUAAGUCCUGACGAAUGCAUCCCAUCGUUCGAUGUUGUUGCCCUGUUUUCUUCAAUACCGCAUGACCUAGUGAUUGACAGAGUAGCCCGAUGUCUAGAGCAAAGUCCCAUUGGCAUUCCAGCAGAACAUGUUCAAGACAUGCUUAAGCUUUGCCUCAAGAAUUAUUGUCAGUUCGAUGGCAAGUUCUAUCAACAAGUAAAGGGCACCCCAAUGGGCUCCCCAAUAUCGGGGCUGCUUGCAGAACUAGUCUUGCAGCGACUCGAACAGGAUAUUGUGCACACCUUCGAACCCAAAAUGUGGCUCCGCUACGUGGACGACACGUUUGUCAGCAUAAAGACCAGGGAAGUUGAGCUAUUGCAUCAGAGCUUAAAUAGCGUCUUCCCGGCUAUACAGCCUACCCGCGAAGAAGCAACAGGAGAUACCCUCCCCCUCUUAUAUGCGAGCAUACAAAGACUCAGUGAUGGCAAACUAGCGACAAGCGUCCACAGAAAAGACUCCAGUGCCGAAAUCAUACUUAUGAGUAAUCAUUCCGCGGCCCAUAAACGAAGCUGUGUCCGCACUCUUUUCCAUCGGGCCUAUCGCAUCUGCAACAGUGAUGACGCACUUAAGAACGAAUUGGCCUACUUACAUCGGUUGUUCCGCUCCAACGAAUAA